AUGGCACCUACCUUUGACAGAGACCUUGAAAUGACAAAGCGCGGAGGACAGAAAACGGGGAAGUCAAUGUGUAAAUUAUCAGGAAGUAAAGAUAUUACAUUAACCACAACUAAAUCUGACAAGACUGGCAAGCCAAUAUCCAUACUAACAACGCGUUACACGGCAAAUGCGAAAUGUGAGCCCAGAAACAAGAGUAUUACAUUAGUUGGCAAUCGCCGGUUUAAAUGCAGACCGAUAAACCAGGAGAUAAAGGAAAGGACACCAGGGUCGACCGGGAAAAUUAAGAAUAUUACUGUCGGUUGUGAAGUUUUCAUCUUCAACUAGAAGCAUGCUGCAAGACAGAAAUGCUGGACCAAAACUCG